AUGCUUUCCCGGCUUGUCGCUUCGAAUGUGGCGAGAAUCGCGUCGGCCCGCUCUAUGGCCGCCUACCCGAUCCCGGAUGCGGUGUUUGGUUUGACCGAGGAAGAGCAGGCGCUCCGCCAAUCGAUUCGAACAAUCGCCGACAAGGAGUUGGCCCCGUACGCGAAUGAUAUUGAUCGUGACAACAACUGGAAAGACUUGCGGAAAUUCUGGAGGACACUCGGUGACAAUGGAUUGUUGGGAAUUACUGCACCAGAAAAGUACGGCGGCUCGGCGAUGAACUACUUCUCGCACGUGCUGGCGAUGGAAGAGCUGUCCCGGGCGUCUGGCUCGAUUGCGUUGUCUUACGGAGCCCAUUCCAAUCUUUGCGUCAACCAGAUCGUCCGUCACGGCAACGAGGCGCAAAAGGACAAGUAUUUGCCAAAGCUAAUUUCCGGCGAAUAUUUCGGUGCCUUGGCAAUGUCUGAAGCCGGAGCCGGCAGUGAUGUCGUCAGCAUGAAGCUCAAGGCCGAGAAGAAGGGCGAUCGGUACGUUCUGAACGGCACGAAAUUCUGGAUCACCAACGGCCCGGACGCCGACGUGCUGGUCGUCUACGCGAAAACGGACCCCUCAAAGCACCAGCACGGCAUCACGGCGUUUUUGAUUGAGAAGGACUUCAAAGGCUUCUCCACCUCGCCGAAGCUCGACAAGCUCGGCAUGCGCGGCUCGAACACAUGCGAGCUCGUGUUUGACAACUGCGAGGUUCCAGCCGAAAACGUGAUGGGCAACCUGAAUAAGGGCGUGUACGUCUUGAUGACGGGCCUCGACUACGAGCGGCUCGUGCUCUCUGGCGGUCCAUUGGGCCUGAUGCAAGCCGCCUGCGACGUCGCCUUCGACUACGCCCACCAGCGCAAGGCGUUCGGCCAACGCAUUGGGGAGUAUCAGCUGCUCCAAGGCAAGAUGGCCGACAUGUACACAACGCUCAACGCCUGCCGCUCCUAUUUGUACACGGUGGCCAAAGCGGCCGACAAGGGCCACGUCAGCAACAAGGAUUGCGCCGGCGUGAUCCUCUACCUGGCCGAGAAGGCGACCCAGGUGGCGCUAGACGCCAUCCAGAUUUUGGGCGGAAACGGCUAUAUCAACGACUACUCGACGGGGAGGAUACUGCGCGACGCGAAGCUGUACGAGAUUGGGGCUGGAACUAGCGAGGUCCGCCGCCUCAUCAUCGGCCGCUCGUUGAACAAGGAGUACUCCUCU